CAUAAUUUCUGUAUAAUCUGUUUCAUAACCUCAAAAUGGAGUGCUAAAUUCUGAUAAAUGUAUUUUUACUAAAAAACUGUUAAAAUGAGUUUAUUUAUCAGAAAUUACAAGCCGAACAGCUUAGCGACUGUUUACAAUGUCAAGAUAUGGCGUUUGCACUCAACAGCAGCCGAAAGUACUCAGAAAAAAGACGAAAAUGAAGAGGAAUUUCGUGUUCUUGAUAUUUUGAAGAAAAAGGAUAGAAUUCAGAGGAAAGUUACACGUAGAGCUGAUAUACAGCCUGAUAGGUCCGACAGAAUGGCUCCAGACCAGAAUUGGGGCAAUGUGUGGCCAGGACCGAAAACUUUUCAUCCAUCAUCUGUUCCACUACCUCUCCGACAAGGCUACGUGCCUAAAGGCCAGGCACCUCCUGGCAAGAAAGCAAACGCUGAGCUCAUGAAAGUGCCCAACUUCCUCCACUUAACUCCUCCAGUGAUUAAAAGCCAGUGUGAAGCCAUUAAACAGUACUGCACGGAAUGGCCAAACCUUCUAAACUCUCAAGAGGCUAUUGAGAAGCAUUAUCCAGUUGAAAUUAUCACAUCAGAUUACUGUCAUGCCAGCCCAUCCAUCCGUAACCCUUUAGCAAGGAUAGUGACCCUGAGAGUCAAGUUAUCAACCCUGAAACUUGACAAACAUGCUCGUGACAAGUUUAUACGUUUAGUCGGAGACCGUUAUGACAGCUCUACAGAUUUAGUAACUAUAACAGCAGACCGCUGUCCAGCGAGAAUACAAAACACGGAUUACGUCAAUUACUUGUUGACCGCUUGCUUUCAUGAAGCGUGGAACGUCGAAGAAUGGGAGAAGGAUAAAACGGAAGAUGAUAUGGAGUAUUACGAUUGGAAUAAUAACGCUUCUAAGAAAAGCCUGGUUAACUGGCAUUUACAAAAAAAGGGAGAAAGCAAAACAUUAACAGAUGACGAAUACAAAUCAUUUGAUGUAUCCGAAAUACAACACGCAGAUGGAUAUAAAAAUGCAGUGUCGGAUUGGAUGAAUAGCGGCGAAAGUGAAGAAACUGUAAAGAAGUACGCAGAAGCAGUGAGGAAACUGUUUGGGCUACCGGAGAAGAAAGUAGUUUAAGUUAUUUGUAUAAAUAAAGUGUAAAUUAGAUGUUA